GGAGCCCUUGGAUUAAGACACCCGGCAUUCGGGAGACCAACCCAGCGUGCUGGGAAAAGCCCGGUGGCAGAAGGCUGCUUUAGGAAGCAGGGUUUGCAAAGCGGGGGAGCGGGUUUUUGUUCUCCAUCCCCGAUUCCGCCUGCCUCCUGAUUCUGCCAGAUGGCGGGCGAGAAGAAAACCAAGCGGGUCCGGAAGACCCACACCAGCCGCAACCCGGUGCUGGCCCAUGGCAUUGGGAAAUAUUCCCGGUCAGCUAUGUAUGCCCGGAAGGCCAUGUACAAGCGCAAGUACAAAGCUCCGGAAACCAAGAUAGAAAAGAAAAAGCGAGAAAAAGAGCCGGCCACUACCACAAAGCCUGUUGGGGGCGAUAAGAAUGGAGGCACCCGAGUGGUCAAACUUCGCAAAAUGCCUAGAUAUUACCCGACAGAAGACGUUCCCCGCAAACUCCUGAGCCACGGCAAAAAGAACUUUGCCCUGCACAAGAAGAAGCUGCGGAGCUCGAUCACCCCAGGGACAAUUUUGAUCCUCCUUACAGGCCGCCACCGAGGGAAGCGCGUGGUCUUCCUGAAGCAGCUCGGCAGUGGUCUGUUGCUCGUCACAGGGCCCCUGGUCAUCAACCGUGUGCCGCUGCGCAGGGCUCACCAGAAAUUCGUCAUUGCCACGUCAACCAAGGUUGACAUCUCCAGUGUGAAGCUCCCAAAGCACCUCAGUGAUCUUUACUUCAAGAAGAAGAGGCUGCGUAAACCCAAACACCAAGAGGGUGAAAUCUUUGACACUGAGAAAGAGAAAUACGAGAUCACGGAGCGACGCAAGGCAGACCAGAAGGCUGUGGACUCUCAGCUGCUGCCUCUCAUCAAGAAGGUGCCUCAGCUUCGGGGCUACCUGCGUUCCACAUUUUCACUUUCUAAUGGAGUUUAUCCUCACAAGUUGGUUUUCUGAAUAGCGUAGAAUCACCGCAGUAAACAGAUGGAAAACAUG